AAGAAAAAGGGAAAAAGCAGAGGAGGAAGAAGAAAGAGUGAGAUGCAGACCGCUGAUCUCCGGGCGGCAAACAUAUAAUUACUCCGAUGGCGAGGCUUUUUUGCAAUUAACAGAUUUGGGUCUCUGAUUACAUACGAGCUCAAGGCAAAGAUUUAUUCUUUUUUCCUUUUUAACCCAAAAUUCAUAAGAAUUCCAUUUCCAGCAUGCGCUGCAAGAUGCGCACUUUCUUCAACUCCGCGGCGGCGGCGGCAUUGGCGGUGGCGGCGGUUUUACUUCUGGGUCCGAGCACCGUCGGCAAGUCCAUGGCAUUUGCUUCUUCAUCUUCCGAGACCACUAUGCACACUAACAAUUGGGCUGUUCUGGUCUGCACCUCUCGAUUCUGGUUUAAUUAUCGACACAUGGCCAACACUUUAUCCCUGUAUCGGACGGUUAAGCGCCUUGGAAUACCUGAUGAGAGGAUAAUACUCAUGCUGGCUGAUGACAUGGCCUGUAAUGCUAGAAACAAGUACCCUGCUCAAGUUUUUAACAACGAGAACCACAGACUCAACUUGUAUGGAGAUAAUGUUGAGGUGGAUUAUCGCGGUUAUGAAGUGACGGUUGAAAACUUUUUACGUGUAUUGACUGGGCGCCAUGAGAAUGCUGUUCCAAGAUCUAAGCGUCUUUUGAGUGAUGAAGGAAGCCACAUCCUUUUGUAUAUGACAGGACAUGGAGGAGAUGAGUUUUUAAAAUUUCAAGACUCAGAAGAGCUCCAGAGUCCUGAUUUAGCAGAUGCAGUUAAACAGAUGAAAGAAAAGCAUAGAUUCAAGGAGCUGCUGAUAAUGGUGGACACUUGCCAAGCUGCCACUCUCUUUAAUCAGCUUCAAUCACCCGGAGUUUUGGCUAUUGGAAGUAGCAUGAAAGGAGAGAACUCAUACUCACAUCACUUGGACUCUGAUGUCGGUGUUUCAGUUGUGGAUCGUUUUACUUUUUACACCCUUGCAUUCUUUGAGAGGCUAAAUAUGUACGAUAAUGCUUCAUUGAGCAGUCUUUUCACUUCCUAUAACCCAAGCUUGUUGAUGUCAACCGCAUACUACCGAACAGAUCUAUACCAGCAACACCUGGAAGAGGUGGCUGUGACGAACUUCUUCGGUUCAGUCAUGGAAACAAUACAUACUGAUUCAGCUUACAAAGCCCCUUCAAGAACAAGUUCAAGCAGAGCCGAAAUCAAGAUGCCCUUUGAUCGAUCAGUCAAUGACAACGAAAGAAGAGUCUUGGCCGAUUCAGACAGACAGGAUCGUAUCAGUGACCUGAAAAUUGAGGAUCAACAAGGCGCUUUCGGACAAUUGUGGAAAACUAUAAAUGACCGAGUUGAUAAAAUUGAAGACGUUGAUUCCUUCGUGCGGUACAGCUUGUUAGUAAUGCUUCCGUUGCUGCUACUUCCCACGUUGUUAUCUUGGUGAAGGUUUCGGUGUAUCUGAUGCAAGUAACGUGUUCCGUUUAAAGCAUGCAGUCCUUAAUGUCUCUGUUGUCAUGUAGGUCUCUAUGUUUUUAAUGAAACGGUGUUUUUUUUU